UCUGGUGCUACAGGAAGCCAGGGUGGGGGUUCAGCCAUCCAGCUACCUUUCUACAGUGCGUUUUCCCCCUCCCGGGGAAUGAAUCCCCCCAAAAAAGACCCCUGGGACGGGGGGGGGGGCGAGGUCUCAGGGGCUCCUCCAGCCCCGAGCAUUCCUCCACCGCCAGGGGGCGCUGCGGCUCCUGCCUCCUCGGCGGCGCUCUGCGCACACAACCGGAAGUGUCUGUGGGCGGGGCGGCCAAGAUGGCGGCGGACAUGGCGGCGUCAGGCUUCGAGCACAUGGGGCUGGACCCGCGACUGCUGAGGGCGGUGGCAGAGCUGGGCUGGGCAACCCCCACGGCCAUCCAGGCCCAGGCCAUCCCCCUGGCAUUGGAGGGCAGGGACCUGCUGGCACGGGCCAGGACGGGCUCCGGGAAAACAGGAGCCUACGGGCUGCCCCUGCUGCACAAACUGCUCAGCAUCAAAGAGGCGUCCCCAGCGCUGCCCCAGGCCGUCCGUGCCCUGGUGCUGGUGCCCUCGGCGGAGCUGGGCCGGCAGGUCGGGCACACCCUGCGCCAGCUCUCAGCCUUCUGUGCCCGCCGGCUGCGUGUGGUGGACCUGUGCUCACAGAGCGACCCUGCUGCCCAGAGGCCUGUGCUGAUGGAGCAGCCUGAUGUCGUGGUGGGCACCCCAGGGCGGGUCCUGGCCCACCUGGGCGGGCACAGCCUGAGCCUGCGGCACUCGCUGGAGCUGCUGGUGCUGGAUGAGGCCGAUCUGCUGCUGUCCUUUGGGUUUGGGGACGACAUCAAGGCCCUCCUCUGCCACCUGCCCAAGAUCUACCAGGCCCUGCUGGUGUCAGCCACGUUCAACCCCGAGCUGGAGGCGCUGCAGGAGCUUGUGCUGCACAACCCUGUGCUGGUGCUGCCCCCGGAGCCGCGGCUGCCGGGCCAUUCCCAGCUGCAGCAGUUCCAGGUGCGCUGUGGGACGGAGGAGGACAAGUUCCUGGUGCUCGUGGCGCUGCUGCAGCUGCGGCUGCUGCGGGGCCGGGCCCUGCUCUUCGUGGGCAGCCUGGCCAGGGCCUUCCGCCUCAAGCUCUUCCUCGAGCAGUUCGGCAUCCCCGCCUGCACCCUCAACUCCGAGCUGCCUGCGGCCUCCCGGUGCCACGUCAUCGCCCAGUUCAACCGCGGCCUCUACGACUUCAUCGUGGCCACCGACGAGGAGGGGCCUGUGGAGACCCCCCAGCGCCAAGCACGGAAAGGAGGGACCCUGGGGAAGGGGAAGGGGAAGGCCAAGGACAAGGGGAAGGCCAAGGCCCAGGACCCUGAGUAUGGGGUUGCGCGGGGCAUCGACUUCCAGAACGUCUCGGCCGUCAUCAACUUCGACGUCCCCCCCACAGUCGAGUCCUACAUCCACCGUGUGGGCAGGACAGCCCGUGGUGACAACCCUGGCACAGCACUGACCCUGGCGCUGCCCGAGGAGCACGAGGGGCUCACCCGCAUUGAGGACGCGCUGGCAGGAGAGAACGGGCAGUCCAUGCUCCAGCCCUACAAGUUCUGCAUGGAGGAGAUCGAGUCGCUGCGCUACCGCUGCCGGGAUGCCAUGCGCUCGGUGACCAAGCAGGCGGUGAAGGAGGCGCGGCUGCGCGAGAUCAGGGACGAGCUGCUCAACUCCGAGAAGCUCAAGGCCUAUUUUGAAGACAACCCCCGGGACCUGCACGUGCUGCGCCACGACAAGCCCCUGCACCCGGCCAUCGUGAAACCUCACCUGAGGAACGUGCCAGACUACCUGGCCCCGUGGCACCGGGAACCCUCUGCAGAGCUUCAAGUUCUCCCGGCGUGGUGCCAAGGGCCGGGCUGUGCCCACCCCCUGACCCCCCCUGUGCCCCUCUGGGGGUCUGUGGGCUGUGCUGUGCCCCCCUGCAUCCCCCCAGGGCCUGUGCUGUGCCCAAUAAAGGCCUCCCCAUCCUUCACCCCGAUCCACCGUGCCGGGUACUGCUCCUUCUACGGCGAGUGCGGGCGCAACCCCGAGGUGAACGUGUCGCUGGUGCCCUCCAACGUGCCCUGCCUGUCCAACACCCCUGCCCGGGAGGCCACGGGCACCCUGCUGGCCCUGCUGCGCUCCGUGUGCCCGGACUUGGUGCGGGAGGACAACGAGACCACCCUGGUGUGCUGCACCUACGGGCAGCUCAGCGCACUCCAGUUCAGUGUCGCGCUCUCGGGCACCGUCCUGGCGCGGUGCCCAUCCUGCGCCCGCAACUUCGCCAGCCUGUACUGCCACAACACCUGCAGCCCUGACCAGAGCCUCUUCACCAACGUGACGCGGGUGGUGAACCGCACGUUGGUGCCCGGGGUGCCCAGCGUGGCGGUGGUGGAGUAUCAGAGCUUCUACCGGCAGCGCUUCGCCGAUGCCGCCUUCUCCUCGUGCCACGGGGUGCGGCUCCCGUCCACCGGCGGCUUCGCCAUCGCCACCAUGUGCGGGCGCUACGGUGCCCAGCACUGCACCCCCCAGCGCUGGCUGGACUUCCAGGGCGACAAGAACAACGGGCUGGCGCCGCUGCAGAUCAACUUCCAGCUGGUGCCCAACGGCACCGAGCCAGGUGAUGCCAUCGAGCCGCUGGACGCGCGGGUCUGGGGCUGCAGUGAGGCGCCGGGUGAGGAUGAAGAGCCCUGCUCAUGCCAGGACUGCGCCGAGUCCUGCCUGCCCGUGGUGGCCCCCACGGACUCGUCACCCCCGUUCCGGCUGGGCGAGGCCGACGGCAUCCUGGUGCUCUGUGUCCUGCUCUUCGCCUUCUUUGCCAUGGUCUUCCUCGUGGCCCUGCUGUGCCAGCGGCGCUCCAAGGGGCUCACGGUGCUGCAGGUGGUGCCCACUGCCCGCGGGUGCUCGGCGCGGGUGGGCGAUGUCAGUCACCAGGCCCUGGCACGGGCGUUCCGCUGGUGGGGGACACUGGUGGCCUCAAGGCCCUUGGUGGUGCUGGCGGUGGCCAUGGUGGUGGCCGGGGGGCUCUCGGCCGGGAUGGUGACCCUCCGGCUCACCACGGACCCCGUGGAGCUCUGGUCAGCACCGGGCAGCCGUGCCAGGCAGGAGAAGGCCUUCCACGACCAGCACUUUGGGCCCUUCCUGCGCACCAACCAGAUCAUUGUGACGGCGCCGGGCAGGGCCGGGGCUCACUACGACUCCGUGAUCUUUGGGUCCAAGAACUUCAGCGGGCUCCUGGCCCAGGACGUGCUGCAGGCACUGCUGGAGCUGCAGGAGCGGCUGGCGGGCAUCGAAGCCUGGGCACCGCAGGCAGGCAGGAACGUGACACUCAGGGACGUGUGUUAUGCCCCCCUGAACCCCACAGAGCCCACCCUGGGCGACUGCUGUGUCAACAGCGUCACCCAGUACUUCCAGAACAACCGCUCCCACCUGGCACUCACCGCCCUGCAGGAGGAGGGCAAAGAGACGGGCACCGUGGACUGGCACGACCACCUCAUCUACUGUGUCAGCUCCCCACUCUCCUUCAAGGACAUCACAGCGCUGGAGCUGAGCUGUAUGGCCGAGUAUGGUGGGCCCGUGUUCCCGUACAUCGCCUUCGGGGGAUACCAGGACUCAGAGUACACAGAGUCCGAGGCUCUGAUCAUCACGUACUCCCUGAACAACUUCCCCCGCGGUGACCCCCGGCUCGAGUGGGUUCUGAGCUGGGAGAGCAAGUUCCUCGAGGUGGUUCAGGAUUUCCAGCGCUCUCACAGCCCCAACCUGUCGGUCACGUUCAUGGCCGAGCGCUCCCUGGAGGACGAGAUCAACCGCACGAGCGGGGAGGACCUGCCGGUGUUCGCGCUCAGUUACCUGCUCGUGUUCGCCUACAUCGCGCUGGCCCUGGGCGAGUACACGGCCUGGAGCCGCGUGCUGGUGGAGUCGAAGGUGACGCUGGCAUUGGGGGGCAUUGCCGUGGUCCUGGGGGCCGUGUUUGCCUCCAUGGGGUUCCUGGCGCUGCUGGGGAUGCCCUCGUCCCUCAUCAUCCUUGAGGUCGUGCCCUUCCUCGUGCUCGCUGUGGGCGCUGACAACAUCUUCAUCUUCGUGCAGGAGUUCCAGCAGUCGCAGCGGGAGCCGGAUGAGACGCGGGAGCAGCACCUGGGGCGGGUACUGGCGGAGGUGGCACCCAGCAUGUUGCUGUGCAGCAUCUCCGAGGCCAUCUGCUUCCUCCUGGGUGCCCUCUCGUCCAUGCCCGCCGUGCAAACCUUCGCCCUCACGGCCGCCGUCGCCAUCGCCUUCGACUUCCUGCUCCAGAUGUCGGGGUUCGUGGCACUGGUGGCACUGGAUGCCUGGCGGCAGGAGGCUGGGAAGUUUGAUCUGUGCUGCUGCUGCGGGAAGGGCACAGGGGACCCGCCCGGGGAGGGGGCUCGGCUGCUGCGGCCCCUCCUGGAGCGCUACUACACCCCCUUCCUGCUGCACCCCCUCGUUCGGCCCUGCGUGGUGCUGCUGUUCCUGUUCCUGGCCUGUGCUGGGCUGUUCCUGCUGUUCCAGGUGCCUGUGGGGCUGGACCAGGAGCUUGCCCUGCCCGAGGACUCGUACAUGCUGCAGUACUUCUCGGCGCUGAACCAGUACCUGGCCGUGGGGGUGCCCACCUACUUCGUCACCACGGGCGGGUACAACUUCUCCUCUGCCAACGGCACCAACGCCAUCUGCUCCAGCGCCGGCUGCGACUCCGAUUCGCUCACCCAGACCAUCCAAUACGCCACCGACUUCCCCAAUGUGUCCUACCUGGCCAUCCCGGCCACCUCCUGGGUGGAUGAUUUCCUGGACUGGCUGAACCCCACGAGCCGCUGCUGCCGCAUCCACCAGUUUGGGGAGCACAAGGGGGAGUUCUGCCCCUCCACCAGCAAUAACCUGAGCUGUGUUGCGGGGCAGUGCCUGAACACGCUCCGACGCCCCACGGCCGAGGAAUUCCAGCGCUUCCUGCCCUGGUUCCUGCAGGACCGGCCCACCCUGCAGUGUGCCAAGGGGGGCCUGGGCGCCUACGACACUUCGGUGAGCCUGGACGAGAACGGCACCAUCCUGGCCACCCGGUUCAUGGCGUACCAGCGCCCGCUGCGCACCUCGCAGGAGUACACGGCGGCUCUGCGGGCAGCCCGUGCCCUGGGGGACACCCUGACCCGCACCCUGCGCAGGGUGCCCGGCACAGACCCCCACUUCAGCGUGUUCCCCUACACGGUGACGUACGUGUACUACGAGCAGUACCUGACAGUGGUGGUCGAGGGGCUGGUGACACUGGCAAUGUGCCUGGUGCCCACCUUCGCCGUGUCCUUCCUGCUGCUGGGCAUGGACCUGCGCUCCAGCUGUGCCACCCUGGUCACCAUUGCCAUGAUCCUGCUGGACACCGUGGGGGCCAUGGCCCUCUGGGACGUGCCCUACAACGCCGUCGCCCUCAUCAACCUCGUCGCGGCUGUGGGCAUCUCAGUGGAGUUCGUGUCCCACAUCACCUGCGCCUUCGCCCGCAGUGCCCAGCCCACCAGGGUGGAACGAGCCGCCGAGGCCACCAUCACCAUGGGCAGCAAGGUGGUGACCGGGGUGGCCAUGACCAGCCUGCCCGGGGUGGUGGUCCUGGCCUUCGCCAAGGCCCAGCUCAUCCAGAUCUUCUUCUUCCGCCUCAACUUCAUCAUCACCCUCGUGGGGUUGGCACAUGGCCUGGUCUUCCUGCCCGUGCUCCUCAGCUACAUCGGGCCCAGCCCGCGGGUGCCAGCAGGGGACACGCCGGGGGACACACAGGGUGCAGGGCUGGGCUCUGGCACCACCUACUUCAAGGACAAGGACAUGGACAAGCCCGGGAAGAGCUGAGCCCCCCUGGCCCCUCUCACUCCCCUCUUGCUCCCAUUGCUGCUGCUGUUCUAUUUAAACUGGUUUUCUCAGA